AUGCAGGCCCAAGAUGGGGGAGCAGUGGGUCCCUCCGGCAACACGCUGCAUUAUUUACCAGGCGGGGAACACGAGCUGUCGACAACAACCAAUGCGACGCCGCCAUCUUUCGACCCGGGCUAUGACAGGCCGCCGUCAUUAAUCUCCACGGCCUCCGACUGCCUGUCGGACACUUUUAGCAGCUACGACUCGAGGAGAUCCACAGUCAGUAGCGUCUCGUCCGCCGCGACAGCUCAGAGCCAGAGUCAACAUCAACAACAACAACCACCGUGCCACUCGCUCACCUCGUCGCCUUCUUCUUCCCGCUCCUGCGACCCACAAUCACAAGCGAAUUCCCCGCAACGCCCGCUGACUCGGAGCCGCGAGAACGCCAAACAGCUGCAUGCUGCCCGCCUCCAGAAACGCGCCGCCUCCCAGAGCUUGGCAACCGACCCUGCCGCCGACGACAAAGAAAGGGACGGCUACAAAAACGACCGCGACCCCGACGACGUCACCUCACGCCUGCGACGACGAGCUGGGAGCGCACGACGCUUACGCAAAGGCACAAACCCCAGUUCCCGCCAGACUGCCCUCGCCGCCACCGAACCAGGAGCUCCGCCCCAUGAGAAGCUCCUAACCAAGAUGGCCUUUGCUGAGCAGCAGCACUGGAUCACCGUCCAGCAGAAGACAUUCACGAAAUGGCUCAACACAAAGAUAGACGCCAGGGGCCUCGAGGUUAAGGACCUGGUCAAGGACCUGAGCGACGGCGUCAUCCUCAUCCACUUGUUAGAAUGCUUGUCUCAGGAGUCUCUCGGGCGGUAUGCCGCGAAGCCAAAACUCAGGGUGCAACGCUUCGAAAAUGUGAACCUGGGCCUGGACUUUGUCAAGUCGAGAGGGAUCCAAAUGGUAAACAUGGGUGCAGAAGACGUCGUCGACGGGAACAGGAAGAUCAUACUCGGCCUCAUAUGGACGCUUAUUUUACGAUUUACGAUCAGUGACAUUAACGAGGAGGGUAUGACCGCAAAGGAGGGUCUGUUGCUAUGGUGCCAGCGCAAGACAGCCUGCUAUGAGGAAUGCGACGUCCGGGAUUUCAGUGCGAGCUGGAACGACGGCCUGGCCUUCUGUGCCCUCUUGGAUAUCCACAGACCCGACUUGAUUGACUACGACCAGCUCGACAAGUCCGACCACAAGGGCAACAUGCAGCUUGCCUUCGACAUUGCCCACAAGGAGAUCGGCAUCCCCAAGCUGCUCGAUGUCGAAGAUGUGUGUGACGUGCCGAAGCCUGAUGAGCGAAGUUUGAUGACCUAUAUCGCCUACUGGUUCCACGCCUUCUCGCAGAUGGAGAAGGUCGAGAACGCCGGUCGACGAGUGGAGAAGUUUGUGAACAACAUGCAGGGCGCCUGGGAGAUGCAGAGCGCCUACGAGAGGCGGAUGAGAGCACUGCUCAAGACCAUCCGAGAACAGGUGAUAAGCUGGCAGACGGCCAAGUUCGAGGGAACCUACGCGGACGCAAAAGCACAAGCAACCCAGUUCUCGGCUUACAAAAGAGGGGAGAAGAGGGAAUGGGUCGCAGAGAAGAGCGAGUUGGCGACGUUACUCGGCAACAUCAAGACAAAGCUCGGCACCUAUCGCCUGAGACCAUACGAUCCACCGGUCGAAUUGAGCUUGGAGACCCUGGACAAGGAGUGGACAAGCCUUUCAAGCGCAGAGAUGGCCAGGGGUCAACUGAUAAACGAAACCAUCCGAGACAUCAAAAACGCCUUGCGCAAAUCCUUCGCCGAUAAAGCAAAUGACUUUGCCAUGGCUCUCAACACAAUGCAACUAGCCAUAUCAGGGCUGGAAGGUGACGUCGAGGACCAACUGCACCACGUCCGCAAGCUCAGUGACAACCUCCCGCCCUUGGACGCCUACCUCGAGAAGAUCGCCGAGGUUGACGCCAAGUGUGAAGAGGCAAACAUUGAAGAGAACGACUUCACAACUUACACCUACGACGAGCUCUGCUACGAGUUGUCCCUGGUCAAGUCGUCCGUGUCCAAGAAGCUGUCCUUCCUGGACAACCAGAUGGUCGCGCGCAGCAUGACCAACCUCACGCCGAUCCAGCUCGAGGAGUUCGAGUCCGUGUUCAAGCACUUUGACCGCGACGACUCCAACAAUUUGGCCGAGAUCGAGUUCAGCGCGGCGCUCGCGUCCUUGGGGCUUGUGUUCUCCGAGGACGAGAUGCACGACUACUUCGACGAGGCGUCUGACGGGCGAGACCGCGUCAGCUUUGAGCAGUUCAUCCGCUUCAUGGUGGAUGUGACCGAGGACCAGAACACGGCCGAGCAGGUGUUCCAGUCGUUCCGCGAGGUGGCCGACGGCAAGCCCUACGUCACCGAGAUGGACCUGCGGCACUCGCUGGUGCCAGACGAGGUCAUCGAGAAGCUUAUCGAGAUGAUCCCGCCGCACAACGGGCCCGACAUGCAGACGGACCGCGGGCAGCCGCAGUACGACUACAUCGCCUUCAUGGAGAAGAUGAUCUCAGACGAGCGCGCCGCCGCGUUCGGGGCCGGCCCCGGGUCCACGGCCUCGGGCAGGUCCAGCCCGACCAAGAGCGGCGGGCCCCUGUCGGACAGGACCAACGGCUCCAACACGAGCGGCAGCCCGAAGAGCCCCGCGAAGCGCAACGGCGCCUCCUGA